GUGUUGCUGUGACAAUAUAUGUUUCAAAACGGCUGCAAGAAUGCCUCAGACAAAUAAGGCGAUAAGUUGUCCUGGCGGUCCAGGACAGGCCUCUGCCCCAGACCGAGGUGAGCCCCCACCAAUCCCAGACGCUAGAGAUCCGUUGGCAACAGGGGAUGGUGCGGAAGCCACAGCACAGGAUCAAGGAGACCUCCACAUCAUCAAAUCUCCCAGUGAUCCAAAGAAGUACAGAUACAUAGAGUUAAGCAAUGGCCUACGAGCACUUCUUGUGUCAGACUUCAGUGGUGCUGAAGGGAAGGGAGGAGCUGAGGAGGAUGAUGAGGAGGAGGAGGAUGAUGAGGAGGAAGCAGGGGGUGGCGACGAGGAGGAAGAGGAGGGGGACUCGGGAGAAGGAACGGAGGAGGAGGACGAGGAGGAGGAAGAGGAGCACGACAGUGACUUUGAAGAGCUGGAUGAGGAGCAUGAGGGGAAACAGAAGAAAAGCUGCUCUGAGAAGCAGUCGGCAGCUGCUCUGUGCAUCAGUGUAGGCAGCUUCAGCGAUCCUGAGGACCUGCCUGGCCUGGCCCAUUUCCUUGAGCACAUGGUGUUCAUGGGCAGUGAGAAGUACCCAGCAGAAAACGGGUUUGAUGCCUUUCUGAAGAAACACGGUGGCAGUGACAAUGCCUCCACAGACUGCGAGAGGACCAUCUUCCAGUUUGACGUGCAGAGGAAGUACUUCCGCGAUGCCCUGGACCGGUGGGCCCAGUUCUUCAUCUGUCCCCUGAUGAUUGAAGACGCCAUUGACAGAGAAGUGGAAGCUGUGGACAGUGAGUACCAGCUCGCCAGGCCUUCAGACUCCCAUCGUAAGGAGAUGCUGUUUGGAAGCCUGGCCAAGCCCAGUCACCCCAUGGGCAAAUUCUGCUGGGGCAACGCCCAGACUCUGAAACACGAACCCAGAGGGAAACAGAUCAACACCUACCAGCGUCUCAGAGACUUCUGGAAGAGAUACUACUCUGCCCACUACAUGACCCUCACUGUACAGUCCAAAGAAACCCUGGACACGCUGGAGGAGUGGGUGAGGGAGAUCUUCAGCAAUGUUCCCAACAACGGUCAGCCGAUACCAGACUUCUCUGAUCUCCAGGAUCCCUUCGACACGCCGGCCUUCAACAAGCUCUACAGAGUGGUUCCUGUGAGGAAGGUGCAUGCGCUCACCAUCACCUGGGCCUUGCCACCUCAGGGGCAGCACUACAGGGUGAAGCCCUUGCACUACAUCUCCUGGCUGAUCGGCCAUGAAGGAACCGGAAGCAUCCUAUCUCUGCUCCGCAAAAAAUGCUGGGCGCUGGCUCUGUUUGGGGGGAACAGCGAGACGGGCUUCGACCAGAACGCCACCUACUCCAUCUUCUCCAUCUCCAUCACGCUCACCAACGAGGGCUUCCAGAACUUCCACCAGGUGGUGCAUCUGGUGUUCCAGUACCUGAAGAUGCUCCAGACCCUCGGUCCUCAACAGAGGAUUUAUGAAGAAAUUCAGAAGAUAGAAGCAAAUGAGUUUCACUAUCAGGAGCAGACCGACCCCAUUGAGUACGUGGAGAACAUCUGUGAGAACAUGCAGCUGUUCCCCAAAGAGGACUUCCUGACCGGAGACCAGCUCAUGUUUGAGUUCGACCCCCAGGUGAUCUCUGCAGCCGUGACCCUGCUGACCCCGGAGAGAGCCAACCUCCUUCUGACGUCCCCUGAGCACGAGGGACACUGCUGUCUCAAGGAGAAGUGGUUUGGCACCAGCUACAGCAUGGAGGAUAUCCCUGAGGAGUGGGCCCAGCGCUGGGCAGGAGACUUUGACCUCCACCCUGACCUCCAUCUGCCCGCAGAGAACAAGUUCAUUGCUACGGAUUUCACUCUGAAGGCAUCGGACUGCCCCGACACAGAUGUCCCUGUCAGGAUAGUGAACAACGAGAGAGGCUGUCUCUGGUUCAAGAAGGACAACAAGUUCAAAAUACCCAAAGCCUACGUUCGUUUCAACCUCCUCUCCCCGAUGAUUCAGAAGUGUCCAGAGAACCUUGUGCUGUUCGACAUCUUCAUCAACAUCCUGGCUCACAACCUGGCGGAGCCGGCCUACGAGGCGGACGUGGCCCAGCUGGAGUACAAACUCAUAGCAGGAGAGCACGGCCUGGUCAUCAGGGUCAAGGGCUUCAACCACAAGCUGCCCCUGCUGCUGAGCCUGAUCGUGGACCACCUGGCCGACUUCACGGCCGAGCCCGGCGUGUUCACCAUGUUCGCCGAGCAGCUGAAGAAGACCUACUUCAACAUCCUCAUCAAGCCAGAGAGACUGGGAAAGGACGUGCGUCUCCUGAUCCUGGAGCACUGCCGCUGGUCCGUCAUCCAGAAGUACCAGGCCAUCAUGCAGGGCCUGACCGUGCAUGACCUCAUGGCGUUCGUGGGCGGUCUCAAGGCCGAGCUGUACGUCGAGGGGCUGGUGCAGGGAAACUUCAACAGCGUUGAGUCCAUGGAGUUUCUGCAGUAUUUCAUUGAUAAGCUGCAGUUCAAGCGUCUGUCAGUAGAGGUCCCCGUUCUGUUCCGAGUGGUGGAGCUGCCCCAGAAGCACCACCUGUGCAAGGUCAAGUCCCUCAACAAGGGAGACGCCAACUCUGAGGUCACCGUCUACUACCAGUCCGGCCUCAAGAACCUGAGGGAUCACACUCUGAUGGAGUUACUGGUGAUGCACAUGGAGGAGCCCUGCUUCGACUUCCUCAGAACAAAGGAGACACUCGGGUACCAGGUGUACCCCACCUGCAGAAACACCUCCGGGGUCCUUGGCUUCUCCAUCACCGUGGAAACACAGGCCACCAAGUUCAACACUGACUUUGUGGAGUCCAAGAUCGAGGAGUUCUUGGUGUCGUUCGGGGAGAAGAUGAGCAGCCUGACGGAGGAGGGCUUCCGGACGCAGGUGACCGCCCUCAUCAAGCUGAAGGAGUGCGAGGACACGCACCUGGGCGAGGAGGUCGACCGCAACUGGUUCGAGGUGGUCACCCAGCAGUACAUCUUCGACAGGCUCAGCAAGGAGAUUGAAGCCCUGAAGAUCAUCACCAAAGCAGAGCUGGUGUCCUGGUUCAUGGAGCACAGGGAUUCCUCAAGCAGGAGACUCAGUGUUCAUGUGGUGGGCUUUGGUGAGGAGGAGGACGGGCCGGCUGAGCAGCCCUCCUGCAGCCCUGCCGGCCCUGCAGGCCACGGCCCCGGGAACGCCUCCUCCUACGGCGAGGUGUCCAGGCUCACCUUCCUGCCGGCCUCGCCUGUGCUCCCCGACGUCACCCUCAUCACAGACAUCCGCGCGUUCACCUCCUCCCUCACCCUCCACCCCUACCACAAAAUCCUCAAGUAAACCCCCACACACAUACACCCCCGACCUUGGGAGGAGUGGGAGAGAUGGUGUCAGACGUCUUGUAUCUCAGGAUGACAAGGCCCUGGUACCAUGUGGCUUCUACAGAAGGGAAACGCCUGCCUGCCUCCCUCCCCUUUCCCCUUCUCUUCUCUCCAUCAAAAUAAUAAAGUGUCGACCACAGCGGUCAGUAUCUAUAAUUGCAAAGACCACUUUACAAAGAGGAACUGGUUGUCGGGAGAGAUGGUUAAACUUGAUGGGUCUCCAGUAUUUGUCUUUAGUUUGUCUGGCCAGUGCCCCCUGAUAGAACGUUAUUGAUGUGUUAACAACUCAGGAUGUUGGGUUAACAAGGGAUAAGAAAAACAAGAAGUAGCGAAGAAACGGGGAUUUGGUUUUCAAUCAUGUAUUUGAACUACAUAUCACUGACCACUGUAUCACUAACAGAUGUAACAUGUUGGAAGAAACUUGUAUUUUGAUAAUGGCUCAUCAGGGUUUAUAUAUACAUGUUUCAGGCUGAAAGAUUUUGUUGAUAGAAUCCAAAUAAUCAUUGUGUGUGAAGAAGACCUAAAAUGGUGGCCAGUGUUGUACUUUUAAGUUGAUUUUGUUGUAUUGUUUUAACGGACAGGUUGCGCAGAGGGGAGAAAGAUAAGGCGUCAUGAUCUUUGUCGAUUUAAAAUUUCAUCCCUACCUCCUUCCUUUUAACCACUGGACUGGCAUGUUUUAACCUGUCAUCAACUCAAAUGUAUAUAUUUAUUAAAAGUGAAUGUAGAACCAA